UGCUCGGUCCUCAAAUAAUAGGGUCGGUCUGUUUUCUCGUUUACUACUGUUCCGUUUCGAUAAAAUCUACAUCUAUGAACCUAUAGUAUUUAACCUAAAAUCAGUAUUGAAGUAUUCGUUUAGUUGAGGCUACCGAUGGACGCGGUAAAUUCAUGCCGCUGCUGCCGGCAGGGUCCUCCGGACAAGGACCUGGCGACGCCGUACACACGUCUUGGCAAAACAGAGAUAUAUACCGACAUGCUCAAAGAGUGCUUCGAGGUACAUUUAACCCUGGAUGCAAUGGUGUCACGAGGGAUUUGCUUGACGUGUGUGAACCGCCUGCAGGAUGCUAAUGACUUCAAGCUGCAGGUGCAACAUAGCCAGACAGAGCUGCAGGCAGCCCUGCUGGAUAAAGUGUCUGGUUAUGUGGAACCUAUGGUUAAGACGGAGAUCCUUGAUGACUCUGCUUUUGAUGUGUUAAAUGAAGAUCCUUUAAUCAAAUCAGAGCCGCCUGAUGAUGAGAUGAAGGAUGACUUGACAGAGACAGACGUUGAGCGGCCCCCUUUCGAGAUCGCCAUGGCCAGUUCCGGUAGAGAGAAACCAUACGCCCGCGAAGAAUGUCAUAAGGGCUUCAAAAAUAAGUCUGUCGUAAACAAACACUUGCAAGAAACACAUUUAUUGUCCGAAACUUCAUGUGAUUCAACAGUGACCCAGGAAAAUAAUAACAGUGAUCCUUGUGGUUCCAAAAUCCAUAAGAUUGACAAAAAAGAACAUGGUGUUGAUAAUUUGAGGCGGAAGGCUAAUUUUAAACGCCCCAAAGUAAAAACCCUUCUAAGUUGUAAUCAUUGCAGUUACACCAGUCCAUACAAAUAUAGAAUACUCCGACAUCAAACGAUACACACAGUAAAAACCCUUUUAAAUUGUAAUCAUUGCAGUUACACAAGUUCGUUUAAAGGAAGAAUGCUCCGACAUAAAAAUAUACACACAGAUGAAAAGCCUGCCAUGUGCAACCAUUGUGCUUAUCAGUGCCGUUCAAAAAAAGAGUUGCUAUUUCAUCUGAUGAUACACACUGGCGAAAAGCCUUUUAACUGUAGCAUUUGUGAUUUUAAAUGUAGACGGAAAUCAUCUUUACAACUACAUGAAACGAUACAUAGCGGUGAAAAACCUUAUCGAUGCAGUCAAUGUGAUUACAAGAGUAAUAUCAAAUCACAUUUACAAAGACACGAGGGUAUACAUCCUGGAAAGAAAAAUAAAUCGCAUAAAUGUACUCAUUGUGACUACCAAACCCAUGAUAAGUCACAUUUAAACCGUCACCUGAAGAUACAUACAGAUGAAAUGCCUUUUGAAUGUGACUAUUGCGAUUAUCAGUGUCGAGUAAAAGCCAAUUUAAAUUUUCACCAGAUGAAACAUAAGGGGGAAAAGCCUCAUGAAUGUAGCUAUUGUGACUUUAGGUGUGCUCGGAAAUCAGAUUUACCGGCUCACCAGCGUAUACACACUGGUGAAAAGAUUGAAAAGCCAUACAAGUGUAAUCACUGCAGCUAUGCAAGUCGUCAGAAACAUUUUUUAGUUAGACAUAUAAAAUCCAAACAUUCUGGUGAACAAUGAGAAGCUAUACAAGUGUAGUCACUAAAGCUACGCGGGUUGAUAAAAGCAUGUUUUACAAGGACACAAAGUCGAAUCAUCCUGAGGGAAAACCUUAGGGUAGUGCUCGGAGAUUUAAUGCACUGUGUAAAGCGGUUAUGUUAACGUGUCCGAUCCCACGACCCGAAAACUAUUUUUUGUCGUUGUCUCCCAAGACCCAAAUGGUGAGUGAGUGAGUUGUUAUUUACGGCACAUGUUUGUGCCCUUGGGAUCGGACAGGUUAAGUAACAGUAAUCUUAUUACUACAGUGUUUCGAUAUUAGGAGCAAUAAUUACGAUUACGGUCUACCGCGUAGUUAUUUUUAUAAAUUAAAUUAUGGCAUAACAGUGACUGUACCUAAUAAAAAUAAGUUUAUAUGUUAAAUAUAUCUAUACUAUA